CUCUGGCCGCUGCCUCCCACACUUGCCUGGCAUCCUCACUUGCAGUUCCGCAGCCUGGACUGUGUCCUCCAUCACUUUGGUGCUGGCCAGAGGCCGGACGGACGCAGGGAACCGCCCUCCCAUCACUGGGCACUGCUCCUUCCUCAUUUUGCUGCUGAUUCUAGCCCCAAACAAAACAGGUUGCGUCCUUCUCCCCCUCCGGCAGUUCUCUGGCUUGUGGCUGCCUUCUGAAGAGCCAAGUGGGGCAGGGGGCCUGGGCCAACCCUGCCAGUUCUGGGACAGUGCUCCUGGCUCCUGGCCACCCCACAGCCCUGCCUGUGGCUGGGGAGUGAGCGUGGCUGUGGCAGACCUGAGGAUGAUGCCCCAACUUCUGUUCAAAGAUGCCUUUUGGUGUCGGGACUUCACUGCCCAUACGGGCUACGAGGUGCUGCUACAGCGGCUGUUGGAUGGCAGGAAGAUGUGCAAGGAUGUGGAGGAGCUGCUGAAACAAAGAGCCCAGGCGGAGGAGCGCUAUGGGAAGGAGCUGGUGCAGAUAGCCCGGAAGGCGGGCGGCCAGACGGAGAUCAACUCCCUGAGGGCCUCCUUUGACUCCCUGAAGCAGCAAAUGGAGAACGUGGGUAGCUCCCAUAUCCAGCUGGCCCUGGCCCUGCGUGAGGAACUGCGGAGCCUCGAGGAAUUCCGGGAGAGGCAGAAGGAGCAAAGGAAGAAGUACGAGAUCGUCAUGGACCGCAUCCAGAAGAGCAAGCUGUCCCUCUACAAGAAGACCAUGGAGUCCAAGAAGACAUACGAGCAGAAGUGUCGGGACUCGGACGACGCGGAGCAGGCCUUUGAGCGCAUCAGUACCAACGGCCACCAGAAGCAGGUGGAGAAGAGCCAGAACAAAGCCAAGCAGUGCAAGGACGCAGCCAUGGAGGCAGAGCGGGUGUACAAGCAGAACAUCGAGCAGCUAGAGAAGGUGCGGGGUGAGUGGGAGCAGGAGCACCGGACCACCUGUGAGGCCUUCCAGCUGCAAGAGUUCGACAGGCUGACCAUCCUCCGAAACUCCCUGUGGGUGCACUGCAACCAGCUGUCCCUGCAAUGCGUCAAGGAUGAUGAGCUCUAUGAAGAGGUGCGGGUGAUGCUGGAAGGCUGCAGUGUGGAUGGCGACAUCAACAGCUUCAUUCAGGUCAAGAGCACGGGCACCGAGCCCCCAGCUCCGGUGCCUUUCCAGAACUUCUACGACCGGGAGGUGGCCCCAGGAUCUGGCAGCCCUGGUGUACAGCCAUCUUGUGGCAUGAUAAAGAGGUUCUCUGGGCUGCUGCAUGGAAGUUCCAAGACAGCAUCACUGGCAGCUUCCACAGAGACUCUGACCUCCACGCGUGGGCAGAAUGAGGCAGUCUACGCAGCCAUCGCUGUGAAAGAGGUGCCAGGACCCCCCACCUUGCCAGGCCAGGACUACAGGGCACUCUAUGACUAUGUGGCUCAGAAUGCCGAUGAGCUGGACAUCUCUGCAGGGGAUGUCCUGGAGGUCAUCCUAGAGGGGGAGGAUGGCUGGUGGACAGUGGAACGGAAUGGGCAGCGAGGCUUCGUCCCUGGUUCCUACCUAGAGAAGAUCUGAAGGACAGGCAGCAGCCGCCACCUGGACCUGCCGUGCCUGUGUGGCUGGCAGGGAGCCACAGUGCCCAGCCCUGCUGGGACCCCAGAGUCAAGCCUGCCUCCUGUGGACGGUGCAGCACUGCAGAGCA